UUUCAUUGUGGCUGACGGCGGCGGCACUUCUUUGACUUCCCGCCACCCACUACUUCUACUUUUCUAAAAUCUAAUAUAAAACCAUUUUCACGAUCCAAUUUCCCGACUCAGUCUUCUCUUUUCAACCUCAAAACCACCUGCUAUAUCCAUUCGGUAAAGGGGCUGACCUCCUUUUAUUUCUUCUUAUUCUUAUUUCUGUCCCAGGAUCCAUUCGUCGAAGAAAACUUCGUCGCUUUAAUUUUUUUUUUUUCGGUUUCCUUUUCAUAUGGCGAAUAAUGGAGGUGGUAGUUGUAGUAAGAAAGAGAUAUUGAUGAGGCUGAGGGCGGCGGCGGAGGAGGCGGUGAAGAGCAUCGGACUGGGUUACGAUUUGACGCUGGACCUCCGUUUGAAGUACUGCAAAAGGGAGCAGAGUAGGCUGAUCGCCAUGGACGACGACCUGGUCAGGGAUAUCGCUGUUCCCGGGGGUAUUUUGGUCCAAAAUGUACCCAAGCCUAUCAAUUGUGAUAAAGGCGAGCGCAUGCGCUUCAGCUCUGAUGUUAUACCCUUUCAGCAGAUGUCAGAACAGUUCAACCAGGAAUUAUCACUUUCAAGUAAAAUUCCAACAGGCCAUCUGAAUGCAGCAUUUGAACUCACGGGUUGUUGGCAGAAAGAUGCCGCCUUCACGAAAUCCCUUGCUUUUGAUGGGGUUUUCAUCACCCUCUAUAGCAUUGCAUUAGAAAAGUCCCAAUUAAUGCUUCGAGAUCAUGUCAAACAAGCUGUGCCAUCGAUGUGGGACCCAGCUGCACUGGCAAGAUUUAUCGAGAAAUACGGUACCCAUAUAGUUGUUGGAGUAAAGAUGGGGGGAAAGGAUGUUAUAUAUGUAAAGCAGCAUUAUUCGUCAUUUCUCCAACCCAUUGAGGUACAAAAGAAGUUGAAAGAUAUGGCCAACAGGAGGUUUACUGAUGCAUGUGGACAAUCCAACCAAAACAAUGAGAAAGCUUAUGGCAAAGAAAAGUUAAUCCAUGGUCCCGACAUUGCUUGUAUGCUAGGAAUCAAACCCAUACGCAUUGAAUGAAUGAAGUGUAAAUUUCGAAAGGAUUAUUAUGUGGAUGACAGUGAGAGGAUGCAACUAAUGAGAAAGGACUUGGACUAUUGGAUCCUAGCGGGUCAAGUUUCCACUCUAGCCAAGAGGAAAUUACUUUCUUCUGGAAGAGGAGAGGUGGAAGCAACAGUAGGGAUAUGCCUCAUAGUAAGUGGUGUCAAACUGUUCAGACCGAGCCCGAAGUCAUCUCAAUGACUUUGGUUCCAAUUUCAUCACUCUUGAGCGGAAUAGAUGGGAGUGGUUUCUUGGGUCAUGCCAUCAAUCUAUAUUUGCGCUAUAAGCCACCUAUAGAAGAACUUCAUCAGUUUUUGGAAUUUCAACUUCCAAGGCAAUGGGCACCAGUAUUCGGUGACGUCCCUAUUGGCCCUGACAGAAAGCAGCAAGGCACUGCAUCUUUGAAGUUCAGUUUAAUGGGUCCAAAGCUUUACGUAAAUACUGAUGAGGUCGACGCCGGAAAUAAACCCGUGACCGGCUUGCGCCUCUACCUGGAAGGAAAACGAAGCAACUGCCUGGCAAUCCACUUGCAGCACCUCUCCUCCUCCCCUCAAAGCUUCCGCCUCCAAAACGCGCCACGUGGCGAAGAAAACCACUCCUCCGAACGCAAAUACUUCGAGAAGGUCCACUGGAGGAGCUUCUCGCACGUAUGCACUGCCCCAGUCGAGUCAGACGACGAACUCUCCAUAGUCACUGGGGCCCACUUCGAAGUGAAGGACUCGGGCGCAAAGAAUGUCCUCUUUCUGCGCCUCCACUUCUCUCGAGUCGAGGGCGCCACAGCUGUGAAGAAGCCCGAGUGGGAUGGGUCCCACGCCCUGACUCAAAAAUCGGGCCUCAUUUCGUCUUUGUUCAGCGGAAAUUUCUCGACAGGGCAGAAGCUUGGUCCGAACCCAUCGGAUGUGAACGUGAACUCGGCUUUGUAUCAGGAAGGUCCCCCAAUGCCUGCCCAGACGCUUAAGCUCUUGAGGUUUGUGGACACGAAAGAGAUGACGAGAGGGGCACAAGACUUGCCGGGUUACUGGGUAGUGUCGGGGGCUAGGCUCGUGGUUGACGGUGGGAAAAUAUCUCUUCGCGUUAAGUAUUCUCUGUUGGCUGUGAUUUCUUGUUGAGGAAGAGUGGUAAUGUAUAGAGAUAAGUAGGAAUUGGAUGAUUAGUGGGUGUAUAGUGAGAGUAUUGUUAAUGAUGGAGAUUAGGCUUUGAUGUUCUUUUGGAUUUUUUUAUUUUUUUUUAUUAUGUGGGGGUUAAGUUCUUGUGUGUUUGUAUGAUUCUCUUGUGAUAUAUUUUGAAAUGUGAAGGCAAUGUUCUGGAAUGCGUAGUACUCUGUAGCUUGUGCUUCUCUUGUAUGGUUGAUACAAAUGAUUUUCAGUGGGAUAUGAAUGUAUGAAGAUUUUAGAAAAGCCAUUUGGCUGGGUGACCAAUGUUUUCAUGUAUGCAUUUUAGCAUGGAAAUCAUGAUAUUUCUAUUGAAGUUCAUAAUUAAAAAGUUGAAG